UGAGGGGCAGAUCCUGGGCAGAAUGGAGGAACACACAGAGGCAGGCUCAGCACCAGGGCUGGGGGAACAGAGGGCCCUAAUUGACAACCCUGCCGACAUCCUGGUCAUUGCGGCUUAUUUCCUGCUGGUCAUUGGUGUCGGCUUGUGGUCCAUGUGCAGAACCAACAGAGGCACCGUUGGCGGCUACUUCCUGGCGGGACGAAGCAUGGCGUGGUGGCCGGUCGGGGCCUCUCUCUUCGCCAGCAACAUCGGCAGUGGCCACUUCGUGGGCCUGGCAGGGACGGGCGCAGCAAGCGGCCUGGCUGUGGCUGGAUUUGAGUGGAAUGCGCUGUUCGUGGUGCUGCUACUUGGCUGGCUCUUCGUGCCCGUGUACCUGACCGCGGGCGUCAUUACAAUGCCGCAGUACCUGCGCAAGCGCUUUGGCGGCCGUCGAAUCCGCCUCUACUUGUCCGUGCUCUCGCUUUUUCUGUACAUCUUCACCAAGAUUUCGGUGGACAUGUUCUCCGGGGCGGUAUUCAUUCAACAGGCUCUGGGCUGGAACAUCUAUGCCUCCGUCAUCGCGCUUCUGGGCAUCACCAUGAUCUACACUGUGACAGGAGGGCUGGCAGCGCUGAUGUACACGGAUACGGUGCAGACCUUCGUCAUUCUCGCGGGGGCCUUCGUCCUCAUGGGUUACGCCUUCCAUGAGGUGGGCGGGUAUUCGGGGCUUUUCGACAAAUACCUGGGGGCAAUGACGGCCCUGACGGUGUCCGAGGAUCCGGCGGUGGGCAACAUCUCCAGCUCCUGCUAUCGACCCCGGCCCGACUCCUACCAUCUGCUCCGGGACCCUGUGACGGGGGACCUGCCGUGGCCUGCGCUGCUUCUGGGGCUUACCAUUGUCUCAAGCUGGUACUGGUGCAGCGACCAGGUCAUAGUGCAGCGCUGCCUGGCUGGGAAAAAUCUGACCCACAUCAAGGCGGGCUGCAUCCUUUGCGGCUACUUGAAGCUGAUGCCCAUGUUCCUCAUGGUCAUGCCGGGCAUGAUCAGCCGCAUUCUUUACCCGGACGAGGUGGCGUGCGUGGUGCCAGAGGUGUGUAAGCGCGUGUGUGGCACCGAGGUGGGGUGCUCCAACAUCGCCUACCCGCGGCUCGUCGUGAAGCUCAUGCCCAACGGUCUGCGCGGACUCAUGCUGGCGGUCAUGCUGGCAGCGCUCAUGUCCUCGCUGGCCUCGAUCUUUAACAGCAGCAGCACGCUUUUCACCAUGGACAUCUACACGCGCCUGCGGCCCCGCGCGGGCGACCGCGAGUUGCUGCUAGUAGGACGGUGGGCCUGGGUUUUCCAUCUCCUGCCCCACGAAUCAGCCCCGGGUGGGGGCAGGGAGCACUCGGAGGGACAGGGGGAGACGGGGCCUGGCCGUCCUGACCUGAUGGCCGUCCACCGCAGGCUCUGGGUGGUAUUCAUCGUGGCCGUGUCGGUGGCCUGGCUUCCCGUGGUGCAGGCGGCGCAGGGCGGGCAGCUCUUUGAUUACAUCCAGUCGGUCUCCAGCUACCUGGCGCCGCCGGUGUCGGCCGUCUUCGUGCUGGCGCUCUUCGUGCCCCGCGUCAAUGAGAAGGGCGCCUUCUGGGGACUGAUCGGGGGCCUGCUGAUGGGUCUGGCACGCCUGGUUCCCGAGUUCUCCUUUGGCUCGGGCAGCUGCGUGCGCCCCUCGGCGUGCCCCGCGCUCCUCUGCCGCGUGCAUUACCUCUACUUCGCCAUCGUGCUCUUCGUCUGCUCCGGCCUCCUCACCCUCGUGGUCUCGCUGUGCACACCGCCCAUCCCGCGCAAGCACCUCCACCGCCUGGUUUUCAGUCUCCGGUACAGCAAGGAGGAGCGGGAGGACCUGGAUGCUGAGGAGCUAGAAGGUCCAGCCUCAGCCCCUGUACAGAACGGGCGCCCUGAGCACGCGGUGGAGAUGGAGGAGCCCCCGUCCCCAGCACCAGGCCUGUUCCGCCAGUGCCUGCUCUGGUUCUGUGGAAUGAGCAGGGGUGGGGCAGGCAGUCCCCCACGCCCUACCCAGGAGGAGAUGGCUGCCGCAGCCAGGAGACUGGAGGACAUCAGUGAGGACCCAAGCUGGGCCCGCGUGGUCAACCUCAAUGCCCUGCUCAUGAUGGCCGUGGCCACGUUCCUCUGGGGCUUUUACGCCUGAGGUCAACUGUGUCAGGCGCCAUGAGCCACAGCCUUGCAGCGAGUGGGGGUGGGGAGCCUGCAGUGGUAAGAAGGGCCUGGGGCAGGAGAGUGCGGGGGAAGGCCCUGGUACCCCUUCUCUCCACUUUGUCUCUGCCUGGGGCCCAGUCCAUCUGAUUGGUAGUCACUUCCUUGGCCAACUGGU